AAUGUGAAUUGAAAACAAAGGAUAUAUGAAUAUGUUCUCCCAAGAACGGUAAGCCAAACGCAGGGACAGGGAGAGGUCAAUGGUGUGUAAGAAAGAGUGUGACAUACAUACAUAACAAUUCAUUAUAGAGACAGAUUAUAAAAACACACUUUAUAAAGUAAAUGGACAAGAACCAAUAGAGUCGGAUAAGAGACAAAAACAGAAAGCGGAUCAAACGAAGCUAUCCCGAUCGAUCCAGGAAGAUCGUCAUGAUUCUUGCAAAAUGCUUACCCUUGAUCUGGCUAUCUCUACUUACUCUGUGUGCCGGGAGGCCAUUCUACCCACUCCCUGGUAAAGAACCUCACACUGUUAAGCUUCCACUUCAGACUUCACGUCCUUAUAACAUCGCACACAGAGGUUCCAACGGAGAGAUCCCUGAAGAAACUGCAGCUUCUUACUUGAGGGCAAUUGAAGAGGGUACAGACUUCAUAGAAACAGAUAUCUUAUCAUCCAAAGAUGGUGUCCUUAUAUGUUUCCAUGAUGUUAUCCUUGAGGAAACAACCAAUGUUGCCACCCACAAGGAGUGUGCUGAUCGUAAAAAGACAUAUGAGGUGCAAGGAUUCAAUGUCACUGGCUUUUUCCCUUUUGAUUUUACUCUCAAAGAACUGAAGACACUACGUACAAAACAGAGAUAUGCUUUUCGAGACCAGCAAUAUAACGGAAAGUACCCUAUCAUUACAUUUGAAGAAUUCAUUGCCAUUGCUCGGGAUGCUCCAAGAGUUGUUGGGAUUUAUCCUGAGAUCAAAAAUCCUGUUUUAAUGAACCAGCAUGUCAAAUGGCCUGGUGGUAAGAGAUUUGAGGAUAAAGUUGUGGACACGCUUAAGAAGUAUGGGUAUGGAGGCUCAUAUCUGUCCAAGAAGUGGUUGGAAAAACCAUUAUUUAUUCAGUCAUUUGCACCAAGUUCACUCGUGUACAUAUCAAAUUUGACAGACUCGCCUAAAGUCCUUCUAAUAGACGACGUUACCAUGCCAACGCAAGACACUAACCAGACAUACGCAGAAAUCACAUCAGAUGCGUAUUUUAACUACAUCAAGCAAUAUGUUGUGGGGAUCGGACCAUGGAAGGAUACAGUUGUUCCAGUAAAUAACAACUAUAUGCUAGCCCCAACAGAUUUGGUCAAAAGAGCUCAUGCACAUAAUCUACAGGUGCAUCCAUAUACGUACAGGAAUGAACACGAAUUCUUACACUUAAACUUUAGCCAAGACCCAUAUAAGGAGUACGACUACUGGAUUAAUGUGAUUGGAGUUGAUGGGCUCUUCACUGAUUUCACAGGCAGCCUCCAUAACUUUCAAGAAUGGACAUCUCCAUUACCUGAUACCUCCAAGUCCCCACGACAGCUUCUGAGUCAAAUUGCCUCUUUGGUCCUCCCUUAUGCAAAGGCUUGAAGUUCCACAUCAACACCUAUCAGAAACCUAUUGUUUCCCAUUAAUUGUGUAGAAUAAAUUCUUAAUGAUAACACAAUUGUUAAGAAGCAGAGGAGUCUUAAAGAUAAAAUCAAAG